AUGCAGAAUGCCAAUGCUGAUCCAAGACCGUCUAUCAACAAUAAAGAAAACCUAGGCCAGCAGACUCGACUUCCAGCACAUCUGACCCGCAACCUCCAAAGACACAAGCCAGGGCAACUUCUCCUGACACUAAGAGGAGCUCAGGAAGAGGUACAGGGGCCGGGGCCGGCAAGAGAGUAUGAGCAGCAGCAGGCCAUUAUACAGGAGGAGCUGGCUCACAUCGCACGCAAAGAGCGAGAGGCAGCCCGGCAGGACAUCACUAGAGCGGUGCAGAGAGAACGAGUACAGAUGCAGCAGGAGUCUGAGGAAACCAAACAGCUGGGGAAACAGUUGGAGAAGAAGGAGACUGAACUGAAGGCGCUGGAGGCUUUCUACAAGGAACAGAUCACACAACUAGAGAAGAAGAAUGAGGAACGCUUCAAGACGCCUGCUGAACAGUUCCACACCGCUGCAACCAGGAGCGAAGCCAAUAUAAAGCAACGUAAUGUGGAUCCGGUGUGUUCGAACCUGCAAGCUCAGAUCCUGAACUGCUAUCGAGAGAACCGUGAGCAGACGCUUCAGUGCUCAGACCUGGCCAAAGAGUACAUGCAGUGCAUCAGUGCAGCUAAGAAGAAUCUGUUGGUGAAUCAUGCAUAGAGAGCCAUUCAUCUGUUGGAUUUCACGGGCCGCUUCAUCUUUAGCCUCUCCAGUCUAUUACCAUCUGAUCCCAGGACUCCAAGCUGCACUCCACUGUACUGAACAAGCUGCAUAUUACAGGCCACUAUGAGUAUUCCAUUAUCUGUAACAGUGCUGAGAAUGGGAUCACAGACAUGCAAGGCUUGAUUUUAUAAGAGUACACUCAGGAAAUCCUGAUACUUUUAUUUGUCGGGAUUUUAUUUAUGCAUUGUAUUUUGGCAAAAGCAUAUCUACAUAAAUGGAUAACUGCCUAAAUCUGGUCCUGCCUUUAUCUUUUG